GUGGGCGUAUACAAACAAUAUCACACAGCACACAUCACAAAUGACUUCAUUUCAUAGGAAGUAGAGUUUUCGAAUUCGGGGAAAACGAUGUGAAACUGAAACUGUUUCAUAAAUAAAACUGGUGAACAGGAUUUUGUUCACUUGGUUCCUGAGCUUUCUUCGUAUAAUAAUAGUGCGUAAUAAUUCGCCGAUUGCGGUCAGUUUGAAGACACGUCAGCAUAAAAAAAACAAAAUCUUAGAAAAAUUACUUGUACGUAAGUGGACUUUUUUUUUACAACUAUAAUUCUUAGUUUACCAUCCUUUGGCAUUCUUCUGCCAUGGACUGUAAGGUUAGAUCUUGGUUUACUUGUUGCAAUUUAGAAAGAAUUCUUGCCCGAAUUUCUGUAUCUUCGCUUGCUGUAAGGCUUGUAUGGAAAUAAGAGACUUGAAAAUCUCCGGUAGUACUAAAGAAUAAAGAAUGUCAAAAGGGAGGGAAAAGUUACAACCUUGGCUUGAGAAGAAACUUGACAGUGGAACUGUUCAAGGUGUAGAAUGGAUUAAUAAAAAUGUAGGAACUUUCCAAAUUCUCUGGAAGCGGAAUACAGCUACUCGGAGCAAUGAGGAUGAUUUUCAAAUUUUUAAGGACUGGGCAAAACAUACAGGUCGAUAUGCAGAAGGUGAAACUACUAAGUAUCCAUAUUGGAAGUCUUUGUUUCGAAAUGCUCUGAAUAAACAGUCAAAUAUAGAAGAAAAGAAAGAAGAGUAUUCAAACAAAAACAAUAACUGUCCCUAUCGUGUUUUCCAAAUAAAAGAUUAUAAGCCCUAUAUGCAGCCACAAGGAUGUUUUCAGGAUAUGAAUGUCAAUAAUAAUGAUAUGUCCAGUUACAGUGUUCCAACUUUGCUAACUGAAUUCAAUGAUGUAGUCGAGGAAGAGGAAGAAGAAAUGGAAAUAUCUUUGCUGGAACCACCACCUGAAAAUCACUUAACUAGUUUCACUGUGACUGUGAAAGUUGGUUCACAAACUGAGUGUCGAGAGGGAAAUUUCACUUCAUGUGUUAUUAAAACUGGCUGUUAUAUGGAUGGGUCUUUGACAUCAGAUAACAUUCUUCGCCUUCAGCUAGAUAGCCUUUCACGUCAUCCACGUGGAAAAAAAUUAAUCGAUGGCUUAUCACGGGGAAUUAAGAUCUAUAUUGAUAAUGAAAUGAAUAUUAUUGCUGAACGAAGUUGCCAGUGUCGUGUUUUUUAUAUUAGUCAAAUGGAAAAUCAAGAAUCUAAGAAUCUGGAACGAAAUAAACCUGAGAAAAUAUUCGAUUUCCGAAUUUUCACUGAACUCUUAAAUGGGAAAUUACACGAAUUAACUAAGUUUGUUCCACAGUGCGAUAUUUUCAUGUCAGUCGGUCAACGAUGUUACCAGGAUUUAAAUUCAGAGAAUGGUAUAUUAUUAUCUAUUACGGUCACAAGUCAUUUAGCAGAGGAAUAUCUUAAACAACAUAAUUUGAAGGCACAUAAUUCAAUACAGAUGUCAGAACCUGACUCAGUUGAUAGAAAAUGUUCUGAAAUUAUUAAAAUUAAAGAGGAAUUUUUGUCUACCUGAGGAAGAAAUUUUGAACAAUAACUGAAAAUAUCCAUUUUCAAUGUUUUUCUUUCACUUUAUUUGAAUAUAAUGAAUUUUCAUUUUGAGACA